AUGGUAAAGAAGUAUCAGCAGCGAUUCAGAAGGGUCGAGGAUGAAAUGGAGAGAUGGGACGCUCUGCAGUCUCGUCUUCUUUCCCAAUUCAGGAACGCUUCUUCCAUCGUCGACCGUUUACAGGUAAUUCAAAGUUCUUCGAACUACGGAGCUCUGAAUAGCAUUCAUGGAGUUCAAGAUAUGGUUCUCAGAAAGCAGAUGGAUUCUCUUGGCGCAAUUUUCCGCUCCAUGAACACCACACUGGAAGAGUUUCAUCGUAUUGUACUGUCUCUUGAGAAGAUGCAUCGUGAUGGUAAACAGUUGAUAAGCGGGGGUUCUGCUCAGGCUGUCACUACCAAGCAAUUGCAGCUUCGGAUUGGAAUUAAACCGUCACUAGCAGAUUGCUUGGAUGGCCUCCUCCGAAUUCACGACAUGCAUCAAUCCGAGUACCUUCUGAAAUCAUCUGUGGUUUCAGCACUUUCAUCUCUUACCUUGAAAUCUAGCUCAACUGAUCUAAGUGCCCUUCACCAGCUCUUGGUCGAUCAGCCUAAUAUCCCCAAAGAAGAAGUGCAAUCUAUCUUCGACAUCAUCUUCGCAGAAGAGAUAUGUUAA